AUGCAAGAAAUGAUUUCCUCUACAUUUGUAACAGUUUUGGAAAUUUUGUCUUGUGCUUUGAUCUAUGAACAUGAUGCUGCUGAUUUAAAAUUUGACUUGAAGAACAAAAUCUACAACUACGUUGAAAACGAUGAGAUAUCAAAUGAAACACGCAUCACCUUAUCGAACCAAAACAACAGUGUCAACGUUAACCAUCACGUCUCUGAUAAAAACGACCAGAAGAACAGCAACUGCUCAGGUGAUAGUAAUUGCAACAGUGACGGUUUCACCGCGAGCCCAACAAAGGCAUCGGCAGAUACGUAUUACUAUCCCAAGAUACCGCCUCACCUCGAUGACUGGCCACUUUAUUCCGAUGAAACAUCAUCACCCUCAUAUGAAGAACCAUCCCAGAUCAAAUCAACUACAUUCAAAUCAGUGCUAAUCUCGAGAACAGCAAUAAAUGUACCGUUACAAAGCAGCAAUUCCCACAUUGAAACUGCAAAAUUAUUUGCCCCAGCCACUGGUAAUAAUCUUAAAUAUCACAAAAAUAGAAAAACUGAAAUAGAAAAAUUACAAGAAACUGAAAUGAAAAAAGAAAAAGCAGCGAAAAGAAUUUUAGAAGAUGAUUUGAGUGAUGAAGCGAGGAGAGUCAGAACAUAUUUCACAGGCAAUUCAUCGUACGUUCAGUUCAACACUUUCCGUAACAUUGCUGUUCAAAAUUAUAAUCUGGUAAGUAAAUUAACAUUUAAGUUUGCAUUCAAAACGCGAAAAGCAUCAUCUUUCUUAAUGAGAGUUCUUUUUUGUGAUUCAAAAGAAAUGUCAACACAGAAAAAUAAUCGGGGUGACUACGGCGAGCCAACUGAAAAUUACAAACCAAAAGUAGCCCGAUACAAAAAUCACAACCCACUGAGCAGUUUAAAAGUUCUUCUAGUGCUUUUGAAGGAAGGCCGCUUAAAUAUAUACGUGAUGCCCAAGAAUUCACAAAAUAAAAUACUAUCUCCGGAGCCGAACACAAACAUGCAGAGUUAUGAAAGACAUGAAAAGAACAGUGAUAACGCACAGUUUAGCACAUUCAGCCAAAUUUAUUACCAGAGCGAACUACUUUCUAAAUGGAAUAAACAGCAUCGAAAUAAUACAAAAAUAUAUAACCGAAACGAGCUGCCUGAAUAUGUAAAAAGCAACAUCAUCGUCAAUAAUAAUGGUAAGAAAAUUAACGAAAAAUAUAAUAAAAGGCCAGGGAACCUGGGAAGUUAUAUUGUCAAUAAUGGGAACGAAGGAUAUUUGCUGAUCAAACACUUUGGUAGAAUGAUGUAUGGUGCACAAUUCGAAGCAUCGAAUGCUUGCGUCAGUGCAGCUGGGCAGAAAUUGUUCACGUUAAUUAGAGCUGUUGUUGCUUGA